CUUUAGUCAAACCGACCCUUUCUCCGAGCUGAAGAAAGAUCCGAAGUGUGAAGAAUGAACUGAACCGAAGCGGACAGGAAGAGGAGAGGAGGGGGGAGAACAGCCGUUCACUCCCAUUGAUCCUAUAUCGAGGGCUCCUGUAGUAAAGAUGCAGGCUGCCGCUGCUGCUCUGGCUCUGACUGUGCUCAGUGUUCUCUUCAGCCUGGACGGCCUGUGUGCCCACAGGUCCAAACCAAACCAGUGGCAGCACCACAACGACAGAAACACUCAGAAUGAUGAGACAGAACCGAAGCAGAAGAACCAGCCGCACAUCAUAUUCAUCCUCACGGACGACCAGGGCUUCAAUGACAUCGGCUACCAUAACCCAACCAUCAAGACUCCCACUCUGGACAAACUGGCGGCGGAGGGCGUGACGCUGGAGAAUUACUAUGUCCAGCCCAUCUGCACGCCGUCACGCAGCCAGCUCAUCACUGGCAGAUAUCAGAUCCACACUGGACUACAGCACUCCAUUAUCAGACCCAGGCAGCCGAGCUGUCUGCCAUCACACAUGGACACGCUGCCUGAGAGGCUCAGAGAGGCUGGAUACACCACACAUAUGGUCGGCAAGUGGCACCUAGGCUUCUACAGGAGAGCAUGCCUGCCAACCAGAAAGGGUUUCGACACUUUCUUUGGCUCUUUAACAGGAAGUGUGGAUUACUACAGUUAUGGGUCCUGUGAUGGCCCAGGGUUGUGCGGGUAUGAUCUUCAUGAUGACGAGGGCGUGGCGUGGGGCCAGGAAGGGAAAUACUCCACCACGCUGUUCACUCAGAGAGCUCGCAAGAUCCUCGAGAGUCACGACCCUGCAGACAGGCCGCUCUUCCUGCUGCUCUCCCUCCAGGCAGUCCACACUCCUCUACAGCCUCCUAAGCCUUACAUCUACCCCUACCGUGACAUGGCUAACGUUGCCAGGAGAAAGUUUGCCGCCAUGGUUUCCACAGUGGACGAGGCGGUCCGAAACGUCACCUACGCCCUCAGAAAGUACGGAUACUACAAGAACAGUGUCAUCAUCUACUCCACCGACAACGGUGCCCAGCCGUUUACAGGAGGCAGCAACUGGCCGCUGCGAGGCCGUAAGGGUACAUAUUGGGAGGGCGGAGUCCGCGGUGUGGCAUUUGUACACAGUCCUCUGCUGAGACGCAGGAGACGCGUCUCCAAAGCUCUGCUCCACAUCACUGACUGGUUCCCCACGCUGGUGAGCCUGGCCGGGGGAAACAUCAGCCAGAGUCAGGGCCUGGAUGGUUUUGAUGUUUGGCCCACCAUCAGCGAAGGGAAGGAGUCACCUCGUCAGGAGAUCCUUCACAACAUCGACCCCCUGCACAAACCUCCGGUUCAAACCAUGACCUGGGACGUGGGCACAGAGGAAGCCUCAGUACACUCAUCAAAAGGUCCAGCAUUUAAGAAGCCAAAGAAGAAGAAGAAAAUUCUGAGGCAGCAACCAAAGCAAAAGUCAGCGUUCAGGUUAAAAACCACCAAGAAACCUCAGACAUUUUCCCAUCAUGCUGCUAAACCUAAACCCAGAGCUAAAUCCAAGCCCCCUCCCAAACUGAAGCAUAAGCCCCUCCCAAAAUCAAAGCCCAUACCUAAACCCAAGACCAAAGCCUACCAGCAUCAGUUCCUGUCCCACUACAGGCCUCAUCAGGAGUCCCACUCUAGUGGUGCUCCAUCAGUGUCAGGAAUGUCCCGACUCAGAUCUCAGCCUCAGGUUCAGUCACGUUUAAGGACAAAAUCCAGGCGGGCCACGUCCCAGAAGCAGCACUUGUCAGGGUCAGGAUCACCUCAGCCAAAAUCCAAGAUCCAAAAUCCACAGCUCAGAUUACAUUUAAAGACUAAGUCCAGGAGGAUGUUAUCCCAAUAUCAGAACACGUCCCAGCCGAUGACAUCCCAUCCAAUGCCCCAGUUUAGGCCUCAGUUAUCCCAGCCGGUGUGGGACACAUCAGUCCAGGCUGCUAUCAGAGUCGGGGACUGGAAGCUGCUAACAGGAGACCCAGGCCAUGGAGACUGGGUCCCCCCACAGGUACUCGCCACUCUCCCUGGUCGCUGGUGGAACCUUGAACGCACCCUCUCGUCUUUCUACAAAUCCUCCUACCACAAAAACAUCUGGCUGUUCAACAUCACAGGCGACCCGUACGAGCGGCACGACAUGGCAGACCAAAGGCCAGAUGUGGUCCAACAGCUGCUGGCCCGGCUUGCUUACUACAACCAAACAGCCGUUCCAGUUUACUUCCCCCCUGACGACCCUCGAGCCAAUCCCAACGAGCACGGCGGCGCCUGGGUGCCCUGGGUGGAGGAAGAGGAGGGCGAGGAGGGAAAAUAUCAAGGGGUGUACAAGAAAGGCAAGAACAGCAAGAAGAAGAGGAAGAAGACGAGGUGCCGGCUGUGCAAGCUGAAGUCGUUCUUUCUGAAACUGAACACCAGGAUGAUGUCCAAUCGGAUCUGAGGUGUCGACUCAGAUUUUUAACUAUGAGAUGAAUGUGUCAAAGACUUCAACAUUUUGAAAUGUUGUAUUUUCAAUGUUCCAUCUUCACUUCUUAAACCCAGUGAAAAAAAGUGGUCACCAGGUGGGUUAACUCCACUACAUUCAGCUUAAGUAAACCUCUUUCUUACAUGUCCAUUCACUGGCUUCUCUCUGCUACUUGUUCCUCUAAAAAUCAACAUGAUAGUCAUACAUGCAGCCGUGCUGUAAAUGAUCUGGUAAUUAGGGAUCUGAGGUGUCACUGACAGUCCAGCUGGAUUGUAAAGACCUUUUCACUGAAAUUUAAAGGGUCAGUCCACUCAAUAUACUAACACAUAUUAUCUCACUUAGCCAGGGAGACAGUCUGUUUUACAAUAUUUUGAAAAUUGGUCUGCUGUCAACCUAAUAUGAUCGAGUCUUACUAGAAGCAUUUUUUCCUGUUACAAGUUUUCAGUAUAAAAACAUUGAUGAUAGUGAGGUCUGUGAACUAUUCUGAGCAAGUAUUUGGGACAAAAUUUCCAUGUCCAAACUUCCAGUAGAAAUGAAUGCAGACAUAGAUAACACCAUAUUAAUGUCUGCAUGGCUGGAUAACUGAACUUUAAAUUACAACAGGAUGCCAGAGGUGGUUUUUUAACCUCUGUUCUCAGAGGUUGUGACUGCUGUUAUUUUCAUUGUGUCAACUGUUUCUUCGUUAUUUUUUAUUCCAUUUCAUUUUCAUCACUUACAAACUGACAGAGUUCCUGGCACAAGGACUGACUGUGUGACAGUAAAAUGUGUAUUGACACUGUAAAUGAUUUAAUUAUGUUAAACUAUAAACAGAAAACUAGCAUUUUCAAGAAUCUGUUAUUAAAGUGAUGUUGACAGAUUUUACUGUAUGUUUACAUCCAGAAUUCAUAUACUUAAAAAUCCUAAUUUAGGGUUUAGAAGCUGAUGUUUAUAGUGACAGUGCAUGAUCAUGAUAAUUAUAUAUCACUUUGUUGUUUUUCUUUGUCUGCCAUAAAUAAGAAAACAUUACAAAGGAGUUUUUAAUAUAUUUGUUUUUAGAUAUUAUCAGUUUAGUUCCACAUCACAGUGAUUUCAGAUGUUUUUCUAUUAUUUGUUUUUAGUUAUAAUGUGUUUACAUAUUACUAUGGCUGAAACAGGCCUUUGGAUACUGUGGUUUUUUGAAUGUACUGACAGUAGCAAGCAUCUUUUGACUAUGAAUUUACAGUAUGUGUUUUUAAUUCACUACAUCUUACUGUGAACAGCAGAAACCUUAAUUUGAAAAUAGUAUUUUACCUAUUUGGCCCUAUAUAAUAUUUUAAUAUUUAUAUGCUUUAUGCAAAUCAGCAUUUAAGUUUCAGGGGGAAAAGUUAUUUGCUCUGGUUCUACUGCUCCUCAACACAAAAUGAUCUCUUCAGUCCAUCGAAGACAUACAGUACACAAAAUGAGCCAGUUGAACACAACAACAGUAGCUGCCAUUCACCUCUAAUGUAAAGAUCCUAAUGAUUUUGUGUUGUCACUUAAAGCUCAUGUAUUCAGAAAAUAGAGAGAAGGAGGUAAAAUGUGUUACAGCAAAAGUUUUACCAUCAUAAGAAACAUCUUUGAAGUUAGAUGUUGGUUUUCCACUUGAGCAAGACACCUAACCUCUAAAUAUUUCAGUGUAUUUGCUCAAUAUCUAACAAACCACGUCUGUGGCUGUUCUGCAACAGUGCACGGCAGUGUGAGUGUGGAGCAGAGAGUUCCUGAGAAACACUUUAAAUGGACGCUUGAUUCCUCCACCCUGAGUAAAUAAAGGUAAAAUCAGAUCAACAGCGACUCUGUCCUUUUAUUUUAUGUAUGCUGG